ACACUAAACACAAUACAGAACAAUGUGCAGUACAUGCAGACAGUAGACUAGUGGCAUGGAAACUAUAUGAAUGUACAAGGUGAGAAGUAUAAAGCAGCCAAAUGCCUCCACUCUCCUGUUAUUAGGUGAGGUGGUUUUGUAAUCUUCACCAUGCAGCAGCAUGAAAACAGAGCAUUUGAUCUCUCUUAUACUGUGUUGCACUGCAUUAAUGUCGGUGGAUUGAUCUGUGUUGUAUAGCCUCGCCGAUUCCAGGCCUCUUGACAAUUCAAGCAGCUAGUGUUGAGAGAGGUACCACAAUAGUACAGAAUUUUAAUUAAGUGGGUGCCAAAUGUUUGUAUUGGGUAUAUCUGUUAAAAUGUGUACAUGCCGACUGUUUAAUUUAUACACAGAAUAAUCACUGAUUAUAAUUUACUAUGUGAAAGUUCAGAUAAAAAUUAUGUUGGAGUAAACCAACUAUCUGAGUGCAAUGGUGUUUCGUAAUACCUGAACCAGAACACUAAAUGCUAGCAUUAGCUGCAACAAAGCACUGUCACUAGAAAUGUUUUUGCUUACAUGCAAAGCCUAUAUAUCGCUAUUGACCAUUAUUAUAGUAUAGUUAUAGUGAACAGGAACUUCAGAGCUCCUCAAGAUAAUCACUACAAGACGACAGAGGUGGGUCAGAACAUUUGUAAUACUCCCUGCAUGCAUGUACAUGUACUCUAAUAUCAUGAACAUGCAUGCAGUCACAUGUGUAAUGGAAUUCCCCUUACACACAAUAGAGGACUUCAUAGAGCUACUGGAGGAGGGUUUCGUGGACACCUUCCGUCACCUGUAUCCCGACCUCACUGGAGCGUACACUUACUAGUCAUACCGGUUCAACGCCAGAGCCAAGAACACUGGCUGGUGAGUGCUCCCGCAUUACUCUAGCAAUAGAGUGUAUCUGUGUUAUCGUGUCCACGAUCCUGCUACUAAUACCCAACACAUGCACACUGUCUUAGUUAUCCACCACCCCCACCACCCACACACACCACACACACUAGAUGACGAGGCAAAGAAGGUAGCUUCACAGGCACAAGCAGACGCUCGCUGGAUCAUAAGAAACACAAAGCCUUGUCCACAUUGCAGAGCUCCAAUUCAGAAGAACGACGGAUGCAAUCACAUGACUUGUAAACAGUGUCGCCAUGAUUUCUGCUGGGUGUGUCUUGAUCCCUGGAGUCUACAUAACCACAGAACUGGGGGAUACUUUACCUGUAACCGGUUCACUGCUCAGGAGAAGGCCAACACGACAGUGGAGAUGUCCAGAGGAGACAUGGAGGCUGCCUAUGUUAAGAAAGCUACAGAGGACCUUUAGUCACACACUAAGAGAUUCCAGCAUUAUUAUGACAGAUACAACAAUCAUCUACACAGUCUGGAUGUAAGUGGUGGAGCGUGAAAAAUCUCUCGAGAUGGUCAAUAGACAAUACCUCCAAACACCACGCUCUAAAAUGAACGAAACCGCUGGAAACCUCGACUACCUUUGCAGCAAAUAUCUCACCGAAAUGUCCGUGGUUGCGACAAUCGCCGAUCUGGCAGUAAAAGAAGCGGAAAAGCCUCCACCUUCGCGUGCCACCCCGCCCACUCCACGGGAGGACAGCCCGCCCCCUCGUAUGGGGGUGAUUCCCCGGCUUUGGACCAGACGUUCCCGACCAACCGGAUGGAGAGAGGCGCUUCCGUUUGAUUGGUCUAUUGAAUCCCGAUGGAACAUUGCAUAUUUUACGAGUACCAGAAGAGGAGUUUCAAUUUCUUAGGGCCCCAGCAGACUAAUUAGCGUUAUGUGAAUGUACUUGUGAACUACAUGUAUAUAAUAAUUAUGAGUAUUCUAUUCAACAAUUUAGCUGUGUGUGUGUAUGUAUAAACAUGUUAUUUUUCAUGUUGUUUGCACAGUCGUCAUUAAUAU